UUAACCUACCGAAAACUACCGAUAAAAUGUUGAUGCGCCUACCGAAAACCGCCAAAAUAAUCUGGCCACACUGCUUGUGGGCAGUUCAGUUUCGGAAAGAGCGGCAAACACGAAUCCCGGUGCUGGUUGCUGGCGUCCGCUUGUGGAAGUGUUUUUUUUUUUGUUGAAGACCAAUUUAAACCAUGUCCGAAAACGUGUCCUACACGAAUGUGCAUCGAGCGUUUCUGCAGGCGUGCUCUAACCAUGGCACUCUGAGUACGAGCCAGGCCUUCAAUAUGUACGUGGCCAUCUGCGCCCAGCACGACGACAGCCACAGCAUUCCAAGCGAAGCCGAUCUGGCCAGCGUGAUAGAGGCCAUCAACGAGCGGAUCUAUCGCUUCGAUCAGAAGAUUGCGCUCGUCCACUACGAUCCCACCGAUAUGGACUUUUACGUGUUCGUCAGUCUGCAGGAGUCGCCGAUCGAUUUGCAGCAGAACGUGUUUACCGCACCGGAGCUACACUUCUUCCGGGUGCUGCUGCGUGAGCUAGCGCUUAGCGAGGAUCACACGCUGGCCCUGAUCGCGUGCCUCAAUCUGACGAACGAUACCGCGAGCGAAGGGAUGAAACCGUUGGCAAAGACGCGGGCCGAACAGUUGCUCCAGGAGUGGGAGCAGCUGGGCUACUUUCUCACGCUGGACGAUAAGUGCUAUCUGGGGCCGAAGGCGGUGGUGGAGUUUGAAAAGUACAUCAGCAGGAACUAUGCGGACGUUGUAACGCGCUGCUGCUUGUGCAAUGUGACAAUAUUCUAUGUAAGUUUUAUUAUUCACUUGUUUUUUCAAAUCCUCCUUUAUAUUUUACAUUCCAUUCUUUCUUUUUUCUCCACCCAAGGGCGUCAAAUGUGCUUCCUGCCCUCAGAUUCUGCACAAGGACUGCAUGAAGAAGUACCUACGGCGGCUGACCAACUGUCCCGCAUGCAAAACACUGUGGAGCGUCCCGUUGUAGCUGUACUCACUGGAAUUUAGUUUAUUAACGCAUUCUUAUCCCAUAAAACCCAUUUACAAAGAAUUUCGAAUCCUGCACUGUAUAUACUAUAAAGCAAACGUGUUAACACAA